AAAAUGAAUGUUAGGGAAAAAUUUGGAACAGGCAACAGAAACAUCUUUAUGUAAUUGAAUUGACCAGAAGCGACUUAAACAGACAACAGAUUUCAAAGAACAGUAUUCUGAAUAUGCUUCCACGUGUAAUAUGCCUCUCUCCGCAAGAUUCACUGAAAAAAAUUAAGAAUGUUCGAUCAAAAACAUUAAAAGCCCUGAAACAUCACUUGCCAUUACCAAUACCUAACACUGACUACUACCAACAUAUUAAAAAAGUGCAUGAAUACAUUCAUGAGAAUGCAAUUUAUUUGUUGAGUGAUUAUCAGUAUGAAGAGCAGAGCGUACAAGGCAUGGAAUACAUGACCGAUUUACUCGACUACAGUGGAUUUCCCAAUUCAGUGAUUCCACUCAUAAACAAAAUGAUACCAGAAGACAAAUUUGAAGAAUUCAAAUGCAUAUACGAUGAAGAGGGUUUACAAAAUAUUACACUUAUGGCAUAUAAAGAAUUCAUUUCAAGCACUUUCCAAAGACCAUAUCAAUACUUGAAACAUGCAGCAGUUAAAGAUAUAAAUCUUGAUGACUUUCAAUAUCGUGAACCAGAAGGAAAUCAAGAAGAUUGCAUUGAGACAUUUUUGAAUAGUUAUGUGUCAGACAAUCCAACAUGGGCUCAACUGCGACAUUUUGCAAGUUUCAUGAAUGUUCAAUUGAAAAAUUGUGAAGAAAGCAUAUUCUGCCAAAAAGUCAGUAUGGGAGGGGGACAAACGUGGCAGGACACAGAGCUCAGAGGUCUAAAGGAUUUUGCCGUAAAGUUCAUGAUAAGAAUGUCUCAAGAUUUCGCAACGCCAUCAAUGCAGAUAGCAGAUCAAAGUAGCAAGGAUGUGAAUGAGACCCCAGAUAGUCUUGCAAGACAUCAGGUUAGGCGAGAAUGGGAAGAAAAAUCUCAUCCUUAUUUGUUUUUCAAUGAAGACCGAACCAUGACUUUCAUUAAUGUGGCAUUAAAUGAAAAUGGAGAUCUACUGAAUGAGGACGGAAGUGUUUUGGAACAUAGAAUAGCUAGCAGGAAACUCAUCCAAGGCUUGCAUGCUCAGCGACUUGAGUUUAAAUUCAAUUUUCAAGAAAAAACAAGAGUCGAAAAGUUAAACACACUAAGAACCAUUAUGGGACUUCCACUAAGUGCUGAUGACCCUGAUCCAACAUAUGAGCUGACAACUGACAAUGUUCUCAAAAUACUCGCAAUAUACAUGAGACUUAAAUGCAAUAUUCCGGUCAUUGUGAUGGGCGAAACAGGCUGUGGAAAAACCAGAAUGGUUGAGUUUAUGAGCAAACUUCGAGCAGCUGGAGAUGAAAAUGUUCGGAACAUGGUUACUUUGAAAGUACAUGGCGGAGUUAUGGCUGAAGACAUUUACAGAAGUGUUGAAAAGGCAAAUGAAAUUGCCAAAAAGAAUGCUGCCAGAAACAUAAGCACAGUGUUGUUUUAUGAUGAAGCUAACACAACAACUGCAAUUCAUGCCAUCAAAGAAGUUGUUUGCGAUAACACAAUCAAUGGAAAGUCAUUUCAUGACUUUAAACUCCAAAUCGUUGCAGCUUGCAAUCCAUAUAAAAGUUUGUCGGAAAAGGCUAUACAGGUACUAGAAAAUUCUGGCCUGGGCUACAGAGUAUCUGCUUCUGAAACUACCCACUGCUUUGGUAAAAUACCAAUUCGAAGACUUGUUUACAAAGUUGUUCCUCUGCCACCAAGCAUGCAACCAUUUGUGUGGGAUUUUGGUCAACUCAGCUCAGAAUGUGAACAAAAGUACAUAUAUCAGAUGACUAAACAUUUGGCUAAUGAACUAAAGUUGGAUGACGAAGAAAAAGAGCUACUCGAUUACAUCUUAUACAGUGCACAGUCUUACAUGAAAGUAAGGAUGAAAGAUGAGUGCAGAUAUGUCAGUCUUAGGGAUGUGGAAAGAUGUCUAAUGUUUUUUCAGUUUUUUCAUGAUCAGCACAAGUUUCUUUUUCCUACAAUUGUAAAGAAACUUAGUAAACAUCAGACAAAAAUUUCAUCUACACUUUGUUGCUUGAUUCAAACAAUAGGUGUCUGUUAUCAUGUUUCACUAGAUAACAGACAAGAUUUUCGAAAACACAUCUCAGAACGCCUGAAAGAACACAAUAUUUAUCUUACUGAACAACAAAUAAACAAAGACCUUAUUGAAUGCCAGAACAUAUUUCUCGAAAAUUUAAAGAUAGAUACAAACAUCGCACGAAAUGAAGCACUACGAGAAAAUGUCUAUCUUAUUACAAUAUGCUGCCAGCUCCGCAUACCCCUUUUUCUUGUAGGAAAACCUGGUAGCUCGAAGUCUUUGGCAAAGACUAUAGUCGCAGACAACAUGGAAGGAAAAGCAUCAAAAUCUAAACUUUUUAAAAGGCUCAAGCAGAUUCAUAUGAUAUCGUACCAGUGUAGUGCUCUAACAGAUGCCGCAGGAAUAGAGCGAAUCUUCAAGCAAUGUUCAGAUUUACAGAAAGACCAUGAGGAUCCGAAUUCGUACUCGGCAGUUGUGGUGUUGGAUGAGAUUGGCCUUGCAGAAGACACGCCCAACAUGCCAUUAAAGGUACUUCAUCCACUACUAGAGUGUGGUAGCACAGAAAGCGGAACAAUUGGUAAUACAAAACCGACGGACAAGGUUGGUUUUGUAGGAAUUUCGAACUGGGCUUUGGAUCCUGCCAAAAUGAAUCGUGGUAUAUUCGUCACGAGGAGUACACCAAAUGGCGAAGACCUUUUAGGAACUGCUAAAAGCAUAAUGCGAAAACAAAGACAUUUCACGGAAGAAGAAACUGAUAUUUUAAAAGGGCUAACAAAAGCUUAUCUGAAUAUAUACCAUAAUCAGAGAUAUAAGCAAGUAUCAAAAGAAUACUUUGGAUUACGAGAUUACUACAGUAUGAUCAAAAUGAUCAAUGCCAAAAGCGAAAACAAAGAACAAUAUGAUUUCAGUGACAUCGCAUAUGCUGUGCAAAGAAAUUUCAGUGGUGGAAACGAGUCCCAUUUCAAAACGCUAACAAAUGCUGUGAAAGAACAGUGCAUGUAUAACGAUGAUGUGGAAGAAAAGCCUGUGAGUGACAUGAUUGAAGAUAACUUGGAAGAAAAUGACAGCAGGUUCCUCCUGUUGCUGACAAAUCAGCGCUCUUCUGUAUCCAUGUUAGAAUAUCUUAUGAAAGAUUUUCAUACAAAAGUUCGGGUAAUAGUUGGUUCAAGCUUUCCAGGAGACCAUACAUAUACAGAAAUAUGCAAGAACAUAAACCGGAUUAAAGUGUGCAUGGAAGCAGGUCGCACUGUGGUGUUGCUAGGUAUGCAAGAGGUUCAUGAAUCUUUGUAUGAUGCACUGAACCAGCAUUACAUGAUCUAUGGUGGACAGAGGUACGUUGACAUAGGCCUGGGUGGCCACAGAGUAAAAUGCCGAAUAGCAAACAAUUUUCGGUUAGUAGUUAUGGAGCAAAAAGAUUUCGUCUAUCAGCAUUAUCCCAUUCCUCUUGUCAAUAGAUUGGAGAAACACCAUCUUGCAUCAAGCAAUUUGCUGGAUAAAUCACAACUUUGUGUAUCUGAUAACUUGAAGACGUGGUGCAAAACUUUUGCAAAAGUAGGAAGUUUCAAUGAGAAAGAUGCUUUUCUGGGUUAUCAUGAUAAUACUCCAAGCUCUGUGAUAUUAGCCAAGGACAAAAGCGGAGAUAUUGAAUUAUACAAGAGUGUACUCCUCCAAUCUGUAGUCACAGAUGCAAUAUUUAGAGCCAAUGUUAAUGAAAAAGAGCGACUGUUGGAUAUUUAUACAAACGAUCAAGUCCAUGCCAAUUUGCUUCAUUUGUUGGAUCACACUUUCAAAACAAGCAAAAGAAACCUAACGAUGCUGGAAAUCACUUCAUUUUCCAACAUUCUCACAAAAAAAGACAGACAAAAAAUUGAAUCUACCCUUGCACUCGGUCAAAACAGCAUAAUGCUGGUUUCCCUUCUACUUUUUGAUACGCAACAGGAAUAUUCCUCAAAGCUGGAAACAUUUUUUAAAGCCGACAUUUCACAAGAUAAGAAAAUUCUUCUUGUGCAAUGUCCACAAGCUCAAAGACAUGGAUCACUCAUAGCAUGUGCAAAAUAUUGCCUGACCAAUAUGAUUAAAGAUGUUACAAAACAAGAGCAUGACUCUCAAAUUAUUGUAGCUUUCCUACUUUCAACGCAACGACAGCAUUCAUCCCAUACUGAAAAACAGCCCCAACUCAUGCUCCAGCAUACAAAGAGUGUACAAAUUAUUUACGUUGAUGACUUGAGGCCACCUGGAGCAGGCAAUGUUAUUGUUAGUAAAUUUUUUGGAAAAACACUGACAGAUGUACUGCGAAUGGGACAGGAAGAAAUAGACGAGCACACAAUAUCACAUCAAGAAGGAAUUAAUUUCAUAGCAUUACUGAAGGACAGCAUUUGCCAAGCAAUGACACGAAUAAGACGAAAAAGUGGAACUGAUGAACGAAAUCUCCAAUGCAUUAGAUAUAUCACUUUAUCGUUUGCACAAAUGCCUAAUCUCAGGGGUGAAUUUUUGAGUAUUUUAGUAAAAUGCAUGACAGAAAUCUAUGACCAACGGGAUUCAGACACUGCAAUGUCCCCCCAUUCAUGGAUGGAAAAAGAAGCACAGUCUGCGGAACGUCUGCAAGAAGGUGGGACAUUUGGCAAAACUCUUAGCCUCUGUGUUAAGCGACAUCUGUCAGAGCUAUUGGCUUUUAUCGUUGGCAGUAUUGAUGAAAAUAACAAUUUGGAUUUUGUUUUCAAUACCGAUUGUAAGGUCUGGAAGAAGAAAAUGUGGUUUGAAUUAUUCAAAACAAUAAAACUGGAGUGGAAUAGAAUGAAAGGUCGUCAAGAAUUCAAUGUGCAUCUAGAAAAUCAUCUGACCAAAACAUUCUCACCUCAGUUUCCUUUUAGCUAUGCUUUGAAUGGUGUAUUUUUGGAAAAUUGGUCAACUAUAGAAAGUGAAGAUUCAGAAACAAGACAGAAAAUGUUCAUAAACAUGUUCCAUGGAAAGCCAGAGGCUAAAAUUAUUACUAGGACAUAUAAAGAAAAUGGUGAAGAAGUAAUUCGAGCAUAUGCUUUUGACACAUUAAAAUGCAAUCCAAAUUUUGGUGAUAUAGAAGAAAUUCUACAAGAAAGACUUGUUGCUAUUUUACUCACAAUAUUCUACAGAUUGAAAAAUAGGCUGGAAGUAUUUGAGAGUACAGAUUUUGCAACUCUUGUUUACAACUGUUUGCAAGAAUAUCUCCCUCACUUGUGUAUGAUCUGCAAAAUAUUCAAAAUAUCCCCUGGUAUUUCUGAUGAUACAGAUAUUUGGAUUGAAGAACAGAAACACACCCAGGACUUUAUCAUUCAUGCUCUAGCAUUGAAAAAGAUGUUAGAAUGGCUUGGAAAAUAUCCUGUUGUUGAUGAUGCAUCCUGUGUUGAUUGGAUGGAUCUAACAAACAGGUGCAAGAGAAUAUACCAUGAAUCUAAGCAAUUGACCAUUGACGAGAAACUGAAGAAAGAAAUAUCUCAAAGAUGGGAAUCAAUAUCAUUGCUUGAUUUGCUUUUACUUCAGCUUUUACCAAAUGCAGACGAUGAAUUGUUCACCAAUUAUGUGAAAGUCAUUGUCAACCACGCAAAAAGAUUGUUGAAACCUUUGCAAAGAUACGGUUCUCGAGACCAAGACUUUCUAAAAAUAUUGUCGAAUGUGUUGCGGAAGUCAUAUGAAGACAUUAAACUAAACCUUUUGGUUUCUUGGCAAGAUUUAAGCUGUAAAAUGUGUAGAAAAGUUUUGGCUAAAGAGCCUGUCAUACUUAAUUGUACACAUUUUGUGUGCAAAGACUGCAUCGAUAAAAUGUUUGCAGCAUCAGAAUUGAGACGACAAUGCCCUCAAUGCUCUGUAAAUAUACCUGACGAUUUCUCAACUGAUCAAGCAAAAUUAACAGAGGAGCAGGAAAGAAUACUCCAGAAGUUCCAAGCAAAUUGCACAAGUUUUUUUCUUGAGUACUUGUCACAAUUUUGUCUUUCCAGUGAAGAACAUGAUGUGAAAGACCAAGCCAAACUUUUUCUUUAUGAGCUCAUUACAGAAACAUCAGCAAACCAAGAGAGAAUGGAACUUGAAACACUAGCAUUGGAUCUGAACAUUGCGACAAAAAGUAAAAUCUUCCAGCUUCUGAUGCAACAUAACUCAAAAAUUGUGGAAGAGGAAAUUAACCGCAUUUUUUCAAAUAAUACUGAAGGUGGCAAUCUAGCAAGCAAGCAACUGGAAGACCUUAUAACAGUUAUUUUGACUGCUUUUGAAGCAAAUACAGAAGUGCAAGAUGAUGAUAAUUUUAAAAUCUUUUGGAAAAACAUUCAGAAACAUAGAAACAUUACCCUGGAAGUUUUGAAAAUGCUUACAACAUUGAGGCAAUAUAUUAAAAAAUACAUCAGCAUGUCUGAUAUUAGAAAAAAAGAAGGACGGAGACUGAAUAGAAAUUUACAUGAAUUUAUUGACAUUUGCUCCAAUGAUAAGACCGAUGUGCUGAGUACAUUUGCUAUCAAGUUUGGUUGCCAAACAUUUGGGACAGAAUGGUUCGAUAUGAUAUGUAAUCACAAAAGACUUAAAGAGCUUGCACCCGAGAAAAUGAAAGCUAUGAUGCAUGGCGAAGUGUUAGAUUCAUGGCUAAUUCUUGGAGAGAAUUAUGCAACAAUGAGAGAGAUUUUACAUCGCAUGUCACAUGAAAACUAUCCAGAACAACUCAAGUCCUGCUUUUCUGAUGGAAAUGAUAUUAGAACUGUAUUACCUAGAGUUUUGGCAGUAAUUACGUUUGCUAAUAAUCAUUAUACUGAUAUCUGCAAAGAACAACUAAGCAAAAGAAUUGAUGACACAGAGCUCUUGUUUGAAGUCAUCAGAAUACUUGGCCAACAUAUACAGGGAACAUCCGAAAAACAAAACAAUAUAUUGAAACAACUUUUAAUAUUAUCCGGCUCUGUGAUUAUUCUACAACCUAGAAUACUCCAGAAUUUCAGAAGAUUGUGCACUGAACCCGCAUCCGUUGAAAACUUAUUUUGGCCUGGGAUGCCCGUAUCAAUGUUUUUUUCUAUUCGUGAUGCUCUUCAGGCCGAAACACAAGUUGCGGUCUAUGCAUGUCCUAAUGGUCAUCCAUACAUUAUUGGUGAAUGUACACGACCAAUGGUAGAAGCUAAAUGUCCGACUUGCGGAGAAACUAUUGGUGGUCGAUUACAUGUGGCAGCAGAGGGGAAUGAAAGAAUUGAACAAACAGAAGAAUCUCAAGCAGGAUAUCAACUGAACUCAGAUACAGUUGGAAAGGAUGAUCCCUCAGAUCGAAUGUCAAAACAAGGAGUUGCAUUGGUUCACUUCAUCAUUCAUUGCUGCAUGUUGGUUGGAUUAGAGUAUGAUAAAGAAACUAUUUGCAGAAUGCUUGGUAUAGUUUCUCCUCAAGACUCCAGAAAAUAUCUACACUCUAAGCUACAAGAGAACAUGGAUGAUUUUGCUAAUGCUAUGGGCAGAAACUUGGAUGAUGCAAUAACAAUCAUGCACAGCUGUUUCAAGAGCAUUUUAAACACAGAGUCAGAGGAUGAAAAUGAAAAUGAUUGGACUUCCAUGGAUAAUAGAUGCAAUUGGGAAGCACAAUUUAGACAAGAAUAUUUACUUCCUGUGUUUCAAAAUGUUGAUGCAAUUUUAGAAGAUGCACAGAAAAACUUUAACAAUGUAGAAAAUCUAGAAGAUAUGCUUUUGUACAGAAUUGUCAAUGAAAUAGAAACUGAGGAGCCACCAAACCAACUUAUUUGGUCCCAGUCUCUAUUUUGGAAAACAAUUAGGCAUUCUAAUGCUGCUCAUUUACUCCAAUAUGUACGGGAUUCUGCAUCAACUGGUCAUGUCCUGAAGAUAAUACUUGAUUCACCUGAUUUGCAUUUGCUACAACACAUGGAAAACGUAUUGACGCUACAGAAAAAUUUCAUCAGUAGGUAUCAAAAUCAAAUAGAUAUGAGACAAGCUGAGGCAACCACUUUCGAUGAUUACAUGAGUCUGGACAAUUCAUGCUACAGACAACGAGAUAACAUUGACAAAUAUAUAAAGUUUUGGAAUUCGAUAUAUGAAGUGUUUCGCCAACAUCCUGACAAGCAAAUGAAAGAAUAUCUGAAAGACAUAAAUAGAUCCAGUCCUAUUUCAAUGGCAUUACCCAGUUCUCGUGGACGUGGAAAAUGUGCAAAAGUAUUGUCGGAAUAUCUUAUCGAUAUUCACAACAAUUUCUUAGACAAGUGUAGCAGUGCACUAAAGACCACUAAUGGUCAUACUGUGGACGUAUCAAGACUUGGUUCAAACUUCAUUCGCAUUGACAAGCAAAAAGAUCUUCUUCCACUUAUUCGCAUGCAUACUUCCUACACCAUCACCAAAGAUAAUCUGGGAAGUCAUCACAAAAUCAGCUAUAACAUUGAUGCGCUUGAAAAGCAGGUCAGGGAAAAGUAUGUCACAUACCAACCUUGUAUCAACAAAAAGUCAUUGCCUUGCAUGAAAUACCCACAAGAUGUUGGAGUUGGGAGUAACUGGGACAAAGUUCUCGAAAAACAUCCCCAGAAUCCGUUGUCGCCUAAGUUAUCCCAAGAUGUUGACGAGGUAGUUACAAAUCAAGAUGUCACACCUGCUGAUGUAUGUGAAGGUGUCAGAACUUUGACCCAUGCUAUCAGUUUUCUAGCAAAGAUUAAAUUUGAGGGAAGCAAGGAAUUGCAUAAAUAUAUGGAAGAAAAUUUACUCUUGUCUCCAAAUCAUAUGGCAAUGAUACCAAAAUCUGCACUCACAUGCCACACUCUGGCUCUUUAUCAACGCUUGAUGUGGCACAAAGCUGUUAACUUUGUUCAACAAGGACUGGAUCCAUAUCAAGAAGCUUUGUAUGAAGUUACUCAAGAGGAGAUUGAAGAUGAAGAUGUUCUAAGAAGACUGAAAGAUGCAUUCGAUCACACUGACAUGAAUUUAUUUCAACAGCGAAUUAAUGAAAUGUUGAUUAAAGUUCCAGACUUUACUCCAGACUGGAGCUUGAAAGAGGACGUAUUUCCUUUCUUGGAAUUCAUUGAGGAGAACACUCCAGCUUGGUUUGAGAGGAUUCCGAGUGAAAUAUGUUUUAAGCAUAUCUCUCAUCUGUUUCGCCUUUCUGUCAAAGGAAUUGAGCUCCCAGAGUCUGAGAAUAGACAAUAAUGGAAAUGUAAAUUAGCUUUCUUGCUAUACUACUUCAUUUUGCCAUAAAAUUAACUCGCAAUGUUUAUUUGUAUAAAUUCAUCAUUUUUUGCAAAUGUAUGUCCAUGUAGAUUCAGUUCCUGAAAUUAUAUUUUGCGCUACAAUUCAAUUAUAGCUUUCACAUAUAGAAUUUCCCACUGCAUAUCAAAAGACUAUUAAUGGUGUGAUUAUAUAUCCUGAAAUAUAUUACUAAACUUAUAUUAUACUGGUUAUGUUUUAAAGAUAUGCCCAUAUACGUCCUAUAUACAAUCGGGACACUUGAAAAUAGAUCAGACAAAGAUUUCAAAUAAUUUAGUUGAAACGGAUAAUGUUUCUUCAAAACUGUUGAAAUACUUGAAGUGUAUGUAAAAUAAAAACUGCAUACACUUUUGUUUUUCAAUAUAUAAAUGGAGUCAUUUGAACCAACCAUAUGUCUCAAUAACAUCCUUUUUAAUUUAUUCUCAAAUCAGAAGAAGAUUCUCAAGAUCCUUGAUAAAUAUUUAUAAAAGAUAAAUCUUAGAAAACAGAGUAUUGUGUUUAUCUUCCAUUCCUUUUAUUUUUUUUAGAUUGUUUAAUUAUAUAUUAACUAAUAUAUAUGCCAAGAAAUCUGAGUCCCUCUACAUCAGGGGUAUGCAACAUUUUUCGUCGGUGGGCCAUAUAACCAACUUCAGACAUCAAGCUGUGCCACAUAAAAAUGCGGAAUGCGGCUAUCCCUUAGCCUUACAUUAAUAAGGCAAAAGAUCAAACGCGGCAAAAGAUCUAACGCAGUGGCAAAAUCUUGGAAACAUUAUGUAUUUUUAUCCGUGUGAGCACCUUUCCAAACAAACUGUCUGGUUAAGAUUUUACGCUUGAUGGGGAAAAAUCUGAGUUUUGACAAGAGCAACACUAAAUGGCUUGGGCCUGUUGCGACCCCUUCUUUACAUUAUCACACAAAGUUGGUGAAAUAAUUGGGCAUUUGAAAUUUUGGCAGUUAAUUCAGAAAAUAGUUUUGUCAUAUUCUAAUACCGUAUGUAUGCCGCUUAUUUGGACAUUCCAGAUGUGUUGCUGUGUGGUAAAUUAGUUACUAUUAUAUUUACAAUGUUUCAAGCAUAACUUCUAGUGUUUUCUGUAUUCUAAAUCACUAAUACAAUUGAAGCUGAUUAACAA